AACAGACGCCAUAUUGGCCACGCUGGUUCGCUCUCUUUGCGUGUCUUGUGGCAGUUAAGUUGGACAACUCACUCGGUUGUUAGUUUUUGGGCGGCAUCAGACUUUUACGUUUUGCCGAGAUUAAUUCAUUUGUACUGCUCGUUGAGAGCUAAACUACGAAGAACUCGUCAGCCUUGCACAGCGGCCAUUACACUGUUAAAACGGAAUUGUACUCAGAUAGUUAACGUUACGUUAACGUUAUAACCCCAGACAGGAGAUACAAAAAAAAAACGUAAAGUGUCUAGUAAUAACUUAAAAGAAGGUAGGCUGAGGUGUUUUUCAGUCAUUGUACGUACAGUUUACAGUGAAUUAACCUUAGACGUGUUGCGCUAACGUGAAUUGUAUAUUUUAGGGCUGAGGGCCUGGACCGGAAGCUGGGAGAUGCAAGGUUACAUUUGGCUAACGUUAAGCUAGGCUACUAAUAGCUAGCCAGGCGACUAACGCUAAUUGCGUUAGCAUGGUUCUCGAAUGUCACUGAGGGCUUUACAAUGGCAAGUGCAGUGGUUGCGAUCCCAGACGCCAUCCGCGAUAAAAGCAGCCGUAUUUAUUUGGUGUCCUGGUACAACAACCUGCUGAAGACAAACUUCAAAGAUGUGCAGGAGAUGGGUUCAGGUGCGUGUCAAUGUCAGAUCAUGGACUGUAUUAUUCCCGGCUCUAUUGCCAUGACGAAGGUGAAGUUUGAUGCACAUAGUGAGGAUGACUGUAAGCACAACUUCAGGCUCUUACAUGAGGCCUUCAGCAAGAACGGUCUCACAAAGAUUAUUCCAAUUGAGGAGCUCAUACAAGGGGAUUUGAAAGUGCACUUUGACCUCCUGAAGUGGCUCAAACGUUUCUACACCUCAAAUAAUAAAAAUAACAAAUACGACCCUGUGAAAGCUCGGAACAGCCAGGAUAUCAGCCCUAUUCUGGUACCUGACAAAUUUCCUAAAGGGGGAUCGAAAUUAGAUUCAGACACGGAAGAAACGGCCACUGUAACAGCUAAAGAAUUUCCUUACACUGAAAAAUGGAAGAACACUUAUGACUGGGCUGACCAUAGUGCUCUUGGAGAGGAAUUUACCUUCUGCCGCUCUUGCGAAACAAGCCUGAAGACAUUUCCUAAGGGUUUUUUGGAACUCAAACGACACGCGGAAACAAUGAAACACAAGAAAAAGGCCCAAAUAUACAACCGUGUUUGCCCAAAAACCAAUCCCUCUAAGCCUCGUCCCAGUAGCGAUGCGGCUAUUUCUAGACAUUUUGCACGCAGCAAACUGGGUUUGCAGAAUUCCAACAUGACACCAGUUUGCCAACACACUCCGUACUGUGUGUACGUCUUUGGAGGUUGUACACUGGGAAUGGACACGGUCUCUGUGGUCCUUGUUGGCUUUUUUGAUGUCAAAACCUCCAGGCAAUGCUUCCAAUUCCUGGAUGCCCUUCAGUCAGAGGAUAACGCCGACGAUCUAACAGCAGCAGCAGUAGUGGCGACCUUAAAGAAAUUCGGGUUAUACACAGAUAAUAUUGUGUCUGUUUAUUCAAACUGCAGCAGUGUGGCCUCAGAGCAGAUCUGCUCGCAGCUCAGGAAACUUAACCCGAACAUAGUAGCCUUAGGGGAUCUGUCUGCCACCACUGAUGCUGCGUUCCAUGCAGGGAUUAAGAAGCUCUCCAAUCAGCCUCAAGAGUUGAUGGUAGAUAUCCAUGCUCACUACUCCUCCUGCGCUACCAAGAAUGAAAACCUCAAUACUCUUUUUGGCUCAGAUAUUAGUGCAGAGAGUCCAUCCCUUCAUCUUAACACCAACUGCCUUACAUUCUAUCCGUUGGUCACAAAAAUCUUAGAAAUAUGGACAGAUCUCAUUAGUUACUUCACGUCCUGCGACGAGGGCGACACGAAAGCCAAGUUAAUCUGCCAACAGAUGCAGGAUCCUAAAGUCAGGGCAACAUUUAUGUUCUUGGAGCAUGCCAUAGAGCCUCUGCACAGUUUCCAAAAACGUCUACAGCCACGGACGGAAGGGGUCCGAGGCGAUGUGCUGCUCAUCCUACAAGAGGCCAGUGGCCUCCUGUGCACUUACACCUCCUACUUCCUUCAACCGGAAGCUGCUGCUCGAUUCACCAAAGAACGCAAUCCCCGAAUCCUAGAGGGCAAGAAAUUCCACUGGUCAGCCUCCAAACUCUGUCUGGGUGGCAACGCUGUGGAAGACUUCCUGAAUGAGUCGAAGGCUACAGAUACACUGGCAAUAUUAAAAGAGGAGGCGUUGUCUUUCUACAUUGCACUGACAGGUUGCAUUGCAAAGGAGCUGCCUCUCAGCGACCAGGUGCUAAGUGGAAUAGCUCAGCUGCUGAACCCCGACAGCAGAGGGAGUCUUAGUGGGAAAGAGGUGGAGAAGCUCGGGACCUCGCUGAAAGUCUGCAGCUCCCCCGAGGAGGUCGAGCAGCUCACGCGGGAAUUCCUUGAGUAUCAGCAAGCCGAGCGGGGAGAUAAAGAGCCCUCGGGAGUAGUUUCACCAGAGAAACACUGGGCUAGCGUACUGGAGGACCUGCGUCCGACAUCAAUCUUCCGAAAGCUUGUUCUGACCCUGUUGUCUUUUCCCUGUCCAAAUCUAGAGGCUCAGCAGGUUUUUACCACGGCCCUGAAUAACUCUGCAAUGUCUUCUGAGAGGGAGGGCUCAACAGAAAGCGAGUCUGACCUCACGUCCGACGGCACUCUCUCGGACUCCACCAUCACACAGUCCUCAACUCAAACUGAAGACCAGAAUGGCCUUAAUGUGGAAGUGAAGCAGUGUGAAGUUCGCCUCACAAAGAUACAUCAAAAUGGUGGUACACCUGGAGAGAACGGCGCCGUGUGGAACGGGAUGGCUGUUAGAGGAACGCACGGCUUGGAGAGCAGUUUGCGCCAGAAGCCACCGACCCGUACACUGUUUCAGGCUGGUGGUAGAACCACCUCCAGCCCCAAAGGGGUUGAUAAGGACAGCAAAAGGGGUCUGGAGUCCCAAGAUGAGGGAGAAGAGACACCACCCCUCAAAACCACACUGAGAGGACGACGGAAGACGGCCUAUCAGGAUGGGAAAGGGUUUCUGACAGGUGAGCUGGUGUGGGGGAAAGUCAAAGGCUUUUCCUGGUGGCCCGGAAUGGUGAUGCCUUGGAAAGCCAAGUCAUCGCCCCUGGGUAUGAGACGGGUGGAGUGGUUCGGAGACGGGAUGUUCUCAGAGAGCUAUACGGAGAGUCUGUUGACAUUUAGGAACUUCAAUAGGUGCUUUUGCAAAAAUUCCUUUGCCAGCUUGCCCAUCUACAAGGAAGCCAUCUACCAGAUCAUUGAGUUGGCGAGUGAGCGAUGUGAGAAGUCUUUUGUUGAGGCGGAAGGAAAUAAAGAAAAGGAGCUGAAGUUGAUGCUGGAUUGGGCUUCUGGGGGAUUUCUGCCUUCCGGACCUGAAGGAUUUUCACCUACUGAUGCUGCAGCACAUCAAGAUUUUUCUGAUUCUGCAACAUCCGACAACCAGCCGCCAGCAAAAAGAAAAUAUGUUCAUAAAAACAAGGCCAAUGCACCCGUAAUCAUCUGUCACAAAGAAUCAAUAAGAGAAAUGGUCAAAGAAAAAGGCAGAAAAAUUGAAGAUUUUUGUUUGAGCUGUGGAUCGUUGGAGAUUGAAGUGCAGCAUCCGUUGUUUGAAGGUGGUCUGUGUCUGAAAUGCAAGGGCAACUUCACAGAGACUCUGUAUCGCUACGAUGAAGAUGGCUACCAGUCGUAUUGCACCGUGUGCUGUGCCGGCCUAGAGGUCAUUCUGUGUGGCAACGCCAGCUGCUGCAGAUGUUUCUGUAAGGACUGCCUGGAAAUCCUGGUGGGCCCGGGAACCUUCGACGAGCUGAAAGAUGUUGAUCCAUGGAGCUGCUACAUGUGCAAGCCCGCACAUUGCAAAGGAAACCUCAAACUCAGACCAGACUGGAGCGUCAGGGUUCAGGACUUCUUUGCCAACGACACCGCCAUGGCGUUUGAGCCUCACAGAGUCUACCCCUCCAUCUGCGCUGACCAGCGUCGACCAAUCAAGGUGCUCUCCCUUUUUGACGGCAUUGCAACAGGCUACUUGGUGCUCAAAGACCUGGGCUUCAAGAUCGAGCGCUACCUCGCCUCAGAGAUUUGUGACGAUUCAAUCACCGUGGGGAUGAUCAAGCACGAGGGAAAGAUCGAAUAUGUCAACGAUGUUCGUACCAUCACAAGGAAACACUUGGCUGAAUGGGGUCCGUUUGAUCUCCUGAUUGGAGGCAGUCCGUGUAACGACCUGUCCAUGGUCAACCCUCUUAGAAAAGGUUUAUUUGAGGGCACUGGAAGGCUCUUUUUUGAGUUCUACCGCCUCUUGACCUUGUUGAAGCCAAAGGAGGGCGACGACCGUCCGUUCUUCUGGUUGUUUGAGAACGUGGUUUUCAUGAGUGCCAACGAUAAAUCAGAUAUCUGCAGAUUCCUAGAGUGUAAUCCUAUUUUGAUCGAUGCAGUGAAAGUUUCCCCUGCCCACAGAGCGCGCUACUUUUGGGGAAACCUCCCUGGCAUGAACAGACCUCUCGCUACGUCUCUUGAUGACAAAGUGGGCUUGCAGGAUUGUUUGGAAGGCGGACGCAAGGCAAUGUUCGACAAAGUCCGCACCAUCACAACAAAGUCUAACUCUAUAAGGCAAGGAAAGAUGGGUCCCCUUCCUGUCACCAUGAACGGCAAAGAGGACUACCUGUGGUGCACCGAAAUGGAACAGAUCUUUGGCUUUCCCAAGCACUACACAGACGUGAACAACAUGGGCCGCUCGCAGAGGCAGAGAGUCCUGGGUCGCUCCUGGAGUGUCCCCGUUAUCCGUCACCUCUUCGCCCCGCUGAAGGAUUAUUUUGAAUGUGAAUAACGACUGUGAGCCGAACAGCAGCGGUAAACCUCCUGCCUUAAAUCCGCCCUGCUUCACUGGCCAGUUCAAACUCUCCAGUAUUUUUAUGAAAGUCUCAAUUUAGAAUCCACUAUUUGGACUUGUAGUGUUUGCUUAUGAGCUCCUUUAAUGCUGAGAGUUGUCAGUCAUCCGGGAUCCACUAUCACCAACCGAAACAGGGGUUUCCUCUGAUAAAUGAUGAUGCUGUAAUCAAACAAUAAUUCUGCUGGGAACAUUGGCCUGAACCACAAAGCGAGAUCAGGCGGCUGAUCAACUAUCUUUGGGCUUAUUUUACAGUAUUGCACAGCUGGUUCUUCUUCUUUCGGGGGAAGAUCACUAUGGCAACCUUCCAUUAACUUAAUUUCUGACCAACCAGAUCAUGUGAAGAAAUGUCACAUUCUUACACGUGAACCACUGAAUUGGCAAUGAAGCCAUAACGUUGCAAUAGAGACAUUUUAUAGAUCAGUAGAAUUACUUUACAUGACAGUUACUAUUCAUAAUUAUGAUUAAUCUGUGCUUUUACGGCAAUAAGAACUUUUACUUGAACCUAUUUUAAGUCCGUCAUUUUUCCAUAGUAGUUUGUUUGUCAUUGGACAGCGGUUCGGUGCUAACAUUUGUGUUUUUUAAGGUUUGCUAUUUAUACCAAAAAUAUUUUCUGCUUAAUCUUUGUGAACAAGAAGCUGUGAGUAUUUUUUAGUAUUAAUAUUUUCACUGUACUGUCUUCAAUAUUACUGUAAGAAGGUCCGACCUGAACGUGACGUCGUGGACGUUCAACUUGCAGUAAAGGCUUGUAUUUUAGAUUUUAGAUAUUUUAGAUUCAGCUCAUUUCCAAUAGAUGAAUAUAAAACAAAAACGGCUCAAACAUUUAUCUAAUAACUAUCAAAAACCUACUUUGUUGCGAUGUGCGUUUGAUUGGAAAACAGCCUCAAUGAAGAGGAACUGUGAACAUUUAAAUUGUAAAAAUAAUAAAUAAAACUAUUACAAAAUUAAAUUAAUGAAUUACUAAAGAAUAACCACUAAAAAUAAUUAAAAAGAAAAUGAAUAUAAUGAGCAUUAGGAAGUCCAGUAGACACAUUUUAGGCUUUCUCCAUCUCACACAGGGAGAGUUAAUGAGCUUAAGUGUCACAGCUCUUAAAAGUGCCGAUCAUCAUUGUUUGAAGUUUUUUAAACUUUAAGCACAGCGAGUCUUGAGCUUGAUGAAGACCGUUACAGUCUGCAUUGUGCUUCAUCAGUCGUGUCCUACAAGGGCUCCUUCAUUCCUCUUUUUGUCAUCUUGUACUCUAACCCCGUAGGUUUUGACAAAUCAUGAAACUGACAUUUAAUCAACGAAUAGGACAAAAUAUUCUUCAGAUUGAUAAUCAUGAAAAUAGUACUUUGUGGUCUUAAUAUUUGUUUAUUUUGAACCAUUAGUUGGACAAAUACAAGACAACUGAUGUUAUUGCAUCUUGAUGUUCAUUUGUCUUCUGAUGUCUCAGAAGCCAAACAAUUCAUCAAGAAAUCACUCGGCAGAUUAACCAGUAACGAGUGCAGUCGUUAGUUACUGCUACAAUAAUAGUAAGAACCGUUUGACCGUAGUCAUUUACAUGCAGACUUUUAUGAUGAUCUUGAAAAAGCAACAGUACUGUAUAACAAUUUAACGCUCACCUGUGGGUUUUUUGUUUUAAAAUGUUUCAUGUUAGCUCUCCAGAGAGUUAAGAUGUUGGUGCUGUUUCCUGUACGAAUCACUGUUAGCGUCCCGGUGCUUGACGACUCGUCCCGGUGCUGCAUGUGUUCACUGCUCGUUGGGCAGUCGCACACAGACUUGCUGUGACAAGCUCAACGUCUUUACCUCAUUUCUUAUUAGGGACUUUUGACUCCUAGUGGUGCUAUGCUAACAGUGCGUACAGUUGGCUUUUGCCUUAUUUUAAUUUUUCUUACCUCUUUUUAGGCUGUUUUGUUGUUGCUUUGGUGCGUGUUGAAUGGUUAUUGGUAUACUUUUUCUUUUUUGUUUCUCCCGUUUUAUUGUUUUGAGUUGACUAAUUAGACACAUCAGGGAUCAAGUGCCCCGGACCCUCUUUGGGCAAAGACAAGGAAUCAUUAUAUUAAUGUAGUUUAGUCCAACGUGAUGUAGAUACGUAGAAACGUGAGUUUACCUGGAGCUUGGUGCUAUGUCAACUGAUGGAAAUAAAAGCUGAUUUGUAUCAUU